AUUUUUCGUUUGACAGUUGACAUCUACUGAUAAAUAAAAGAUAUAGCCGAACGAGCGGCAUUGUAAUUGAUAAAAAUCUUGUUCUUUUCUAAUUGUAAUGACUAAAAAAGCAUAAAAUUUGUAAUCCAUUUGCUGUAUUUUAAGCUGUGAACUCCUUUAGUGGUUUAUAGCAAAAUGGGUCUAUUAUCAGACCCUGAUGUUGGUUCUGUGAAGUGGGUGAGGUUGCUGAAGAGAGUCCACGGUCCUGUCUGCUUCCUAUGUUAUGUUGGUGCCCUGGUAUGGUUUGCCCUGUUAGGCCAUAGAGAGUUCAACAAUGAGACUUAUUUCUCAGAAAAUGCUUUACUUCCUGGGUUGGUAACCAACGAAUUUAAUGCAGAGCAGACUGCCAAUCAAUAUUUCAAUGAAUUAGUACAAGAAUUACAGAUGAAUUAUGAAGAUAUAGAUGACAUGCCAGUUCCCUGGCUGGUGGGGAAGAUGUCACAAAUACAUUUGGAAGUUUACACUCACAACUUUACUCUUCACUACCCAUUGGGUCAAGGACAGGUGUUCAGAGGCACCAAUGUGUAUGGCAUACUGCGGGCUCCUCGUACAUCAUCACUUGAGGCUCUGGUGGUGUCAUGUCCAUUCAGAACUAUCGGCUCUCAUCAGAAGUCAACUGCAGCCGGCAUAGCUCUUAUGUUAGCUUUCGCUAAGUUUGCAAGACCGCAAAAAUAUUGGGCCAAAGAUAUCAUUUUUCUAGUCACACAACACGACCAACUAGGAAUGCAGGCGUGGUUGGAAGCCUACCAUGGUUUGCACAAUGAAGCUGAGCCAUUUCACUCUAGUCUUGGUAGUUUCUGGAAGCCUGGUACUCCUAAGUUUAAUAUGGAGAGUUUCUUCUCUAAUAUUAGGUUAAAAGGGCGUCACAAGAAGGCUUUGAACCCAGGGACGUUGAAAGGAAGAUCUGGUUCCAUUCAGGCUGCUAUCCUUUUGGAAUUUAACACACCUAAAAUGAAGUAUUUAGAAGUGAAAAUAGAAGGCUUGAAUGGUCAGCUGCCUAAUUUGGAUCUUGUUAACUUGGUACACAAGCUGUGUCAGAAGCUGGACAUAAAUCAUUCUUUCGGAAAAAGUUACUCUUGGAUUCGCGGCCGCAACAGUAUGGACGAAUGGAAGAAUGGUUUCUUGACAAUGUUCGAGAUGGUACUAGGCCAGAUUGACGGGGUGCCAGACGGUAACCACGGCCUCUUCCACCGCUUCGGUAUCGAGGCGGUGACCUUAGAAGGUCGUGAUGUCCUAGACCCUUCUGGGAAAGUGCCUCGUGUCAACUCGCUCUCCUCGUGCAGCUUCUACAAGCUGGGAAUAGCCCUGGAGAGCAUACUGCGGUCGCUAAACAAUUUACUCGAACGAUUCCAUCAGAGCUAUUUCUUCUAUAUCCUCGCUUCUACUGAUCGGUUUAUUUCCAUUGGUCAAUAUAUGCCAUCGCUAUGUCUACUAUGCGUAGCUAUGCUCAUCAGAGCAUUAUCCUUAUGGGUAACCACUUUACAACAAGAUGGCGAUUACAACGACAAGCAAGCAAAGAAAUCGAACCAAAAGUCAAGCAAACACAAGCUGGAGAAAGCUAAAGAUUCCGACUCGGAGGAACCAGGCGAGCAGGAAACUGAAGAGGUUGCAAAAGUUAAAACUCCAGAGAAAAAGAAAGCGGAUAUAAACAUGAGCGUUCUGAACAUCGGUGUUAAUUAUCUCCUAGUACAUUUGAUCGGAUACGGCGUUAUGAAUUCGCCAUUUGUGUUUUCUUAUUAUGGUUCACUCUACUACACUAAACCACCAGAAGUGUCAGUAUACUUCGGUAUUAUUAGCAUCGCAAUAUUCCUUACAUUUGCAUCGCCAUUCCUCCCGUACUUGUUGCGCAAGGGCCCCAUAAGUUACGAGGAGUUAUCUCUAGUCAACAUCCUAGUACUUACGGAGCUGUCUACUGUGUGUUUGAGUGUUGCCAUGCACAACUUCUCGCUGGGAUUCGCUAUAGCAGUCGUCUACACGCCUCUGGCUUUGAUGACCAGCGUCUACGUUAGAGGCUCCGGGAAAGCACGGGCAUGUCUUCAGCUCAUUAAGCGGCUAGUAUGUCUGUUGGUGCACCCACUGGUGGUGAUCCUGUUGAGUAUGAUCGCGUACAGCAGGCACCUCGUGCCCGAGGAGAGCUGGCUGGCCACGCUCAGCCGGGGCUCCGACGCCGCCAUGCAGGGGAUCAUGUUCUCUGUCGUCGAUUCCAUGUUGUACGGGAACUGGCUGUUUAACCUAACGACUUCAGUAAUUCUGCCGAUUUGGAUGAUAUUCUGGCAGAUUCUGAACACAAAGGUCAAUGCCCCGUAGGCACCAAAGGACCCCU